GAUUAGUCUGUGAACGGCGCUUACGAGUUCCAUAGUACAUUUUUUCGGGUUGCCUUUCAACGCACUGUGAAUCGCAAGUGAAGUGAGCCAAGUGCUGGAAAACCCCAAAAAAAAAAAAUAGUUGAAGAAAAAGAAAUACAAGAAAAACUAAUUCAAGUACAAGCAAACGAGUAUUUAAAUUUUUCGAAAGGACUAAGUUGGAAAAUAGAAAGCGCGCUGACAAUUUAAAGUAAUAAAAGUUAAGAAGAAUCAAAAAUCAAUUUUACAAACCUACAAUUAUUCAACAAUUAAAAAUGGGUUCGAUGCCACAGCUAUCAAUUGUCAAGGGCCAGCAGCAAGAUUAUGUGCCGCGUGCGCUGCAUCGCAUCUUCGAGGAGCAGCAGCUGCGAAAUGCCGACAAAGUGGCGCUCAUCUAUCAGGGACAGGGCCUGGCACCCAGCCAGAGCAGCUAUCGCCAGAUGAAUGAGCGUGCAAAUCGUGCAGCACGUCUCCUGGUGGAGGAGACACAUGGCCGCUUCUUGCAGCCAAACAGCGAUGGUGACUUUAUUGUGGCCGUUUGCAUGCAACCUUCGGAGGCGCUGGUCACCACAUUGCUGGCAAUUUGGAAAGCGGGCGGCGCUUACUUGCCCAUUGAUCCCAGUUUCCCAGCGAAUCGUGUGCAUCACAUUCUGCUCGAAGCACGACCGAUUCUGGUGUUGCGCGAUGACGAUAUCGAUGCCCAGAAAUUCCAGGGCACACCCACACUAUCGCUAACCGAACUGUAUGCCAAAUCGCUGCAGUUGAGCGGCGCCAAUUUGCUCUCCGAGGAGAUGCUGCGUGGUGGCAACGAUCACAUCGCCAUCGUUCUUUAUACCUCGGGCAGCACUGGUGUCCCCAAGGGUGUGCGUCUACCACACGAGAAUAUCCUGAAUCGCCUACAGUGGCAAUGGUCGACAUUCCCAUACACAUCCAGCGAACGGGUGGGUGUGUUCAAGACAGCGCUUACCUUUGUGGACUCGAUUGCCGAGCUGUGGGGUCCGCUGAUGUGCGGUUUGGCCAUUCUGGUGGUGCCCAAGGCGGUCACCAAGGAUCCACAGCGUCUUGUCGCGCUGCUCGAAAAGUACAAGAUCAGGCGUCUGGUGCUCGUGCCCACCCUGCUCCGUUCCCUGCUCAUGUAUCUGAAGAUGGAGGGUGGCGGUGCGGCCCAGAAGUUGCUCUACAAUCUACAGAUCUGGGUCUGUUCAGGUGAGCCACUGGCCGUGCCGCUAGCCAGCAGCUUCUUCGACUACUUCGAUGAGGGGGUGCACCAUCUCUACAAUUUCUACGGCUCCACAGAGGUCAUGGGGGAUGUCACCUAUUUCGCCUGCGAGAGCAAGAAACAGCUCAGCAUGUACGACAAUGUGCCCAUAGGCAUACCUGUCUCCAAUACUGUCAUCUAUCUAUUGGAUGCCGAUUAUCGUCCCGUCAAGAACGGUGAGAUUGGCGAAGUUUUCGCCUCGGGCUUGAAUCUCGCUGCCGGCUAUGUUAAUGGACGUGAUCCCGAACGCUUUUUGGAUAAUCCACUUGCAGUGGAGAAGAAAUAUGCGCGUCUCUAUCGCACUGGCGACUAUGGUUCCUUGAAGAAUGGCAACAUCAUGUACGAGGGUCGCACGGACUCGCAGGUAAAGAUUCGCGGACAUCGUGUUGAUCUGUCCGAGGUGGAGAAGAAUGUCGCCGAGUUGCCGCUGGUGGAGAAGGCCAUUGUGUUGUGCUAUCGUGCUGGGCACGUGGAUCAGGCCAUUCUUGCCUUUGUCAAGCUGCGCGACGAUGCUCCGAUGGUGACGGAACUGCAGAUGGAGGGCAGGCUCAAGGAUAAGUUGGCUGAUUACAUGACGCCGCAGGUCAUCAUAUUGGAGCAGGUGCCGCUGCUGGUCAACGGCAAGGUCGAUCGCCAGGCGCUGCUCAAGACAUACGAAACGGCCAACAACAACGAAGGUGAUUCCAGCAUUGUGCUCGACUUUGACUAUACCCAGGUGCCCGAGGAGCUCAAGCUGACGGCCCGUGAUCUCUUCGAGACGGUGGGCGGUGUCAUUGGUCGCUCCACACGCGCCAGCUUGGCGCCACACAGCAACUUCUAUGAGCUGGGCGGCAAUUCGCUGAACUCCAUCUUCACCGUCACUCUGUUGCGCGAGAAAGGCUACAACAUUGGCAUCUCCGAGUUUAUAGCGGCCAAGAAUCUCGGCGAGAUCAUCGAAAGGAUGGCGGCCAAUCAUGAUUCAGUGCAGCUGGAGGAGGAGAUUUUGAAUGCGUGCCCCCAUCUCAAAAUGGAAGCGGAGCCACUGCGUCUGGAGCAUCGUCAGGAUGUGAUUGACAUCAUUGUGUCCAGUUUCUACAACAAGGCCGACCUGGAGCAGUGGCUCAAGCCAGGUGUCCUUCGCAGCGAUUACAGCGAUAUACUCAAUGACAUUUGGGACGUUUUGGUGGAGCGUGAAUUGAGCUUUGUGGUAUACGAUCGUAAUACGGAGCGUAUUAUUGGCACCGCUCUGAACUUUGAUGCGCUCAACGAGCCCGAAGUGGACAUCAAAUCCAAGCUGCUGAUCGUCUUUGAAUUUCUCGAGUUUUGCGAGGGUCCCAUACGUGAUAACUAUUUGCCGAAGGGUCUGAAUCAAAUACUCCACUCAUUCAUGAUGGGUACCGCCGAGAAGCUGAAUCCGCGCGAGAAUAUCGCCUGCAUGCACUACAUGGAGCACGAAGUGCUCCGAGUGGCACGUGAGAAGAAAUUCGCCGGCAUCUUUACCACCAACACCAGCCCACUGACCCAGCAGCUGGCCGAUGUCUACCACUACAAGACGCUGCUCAACUACCAGGUUAACGAGUAUGUCGGCUCCGAUGGCAGCCGACCCUUCCGGGAUGCGCCCGAUGAGCAGCGCGCCAUCGUCCACUGGAAGGAGGUGGGAUGCAAAUAAAACUGCACGAGGACUGCUCUCAGACCUGAAUCUAUUCGUAACGAAUUUAAUAAAUAGCAUGUAGAAUAUAGAUUUAACCUGUAGUAUUAUACCAUAGGCAUUGUCUAAUGAAAUAUCAUCAGUUUAUGUUGACUAGUUGUAAGAAUUCAAUGCAAUUAAACAAAAACAAUCAAAAAAACGAUUCAAUUUAA